UAAAUAAAAUGAUGUAAUAUGAAACCAGUUGGGUUCUUUGUAUUAACUGUGUACUUGUUCUCAUCUCUGGAGUUUUUGAUUUGAUUGACAGGUGACGUCAUCCUCGUUUUCUCUUUCGGUUUUCACUUUCCGGUCGUCAAGGAAACAGUCGCUGUCGAUGCAACGUGGUGACGUCAUGAACGAGCGUCUGAUUCACAGAAUGUGAAUGAAGAUCAAUCACUCAAACACGAAUUACGAACUCCUCGAUUGAUUAUUAAUAACCCGGUUAUUGUUCUUGUAGCCGAGAGUUAAACUUUAUAAUAGUAACGCAAUAAUAACACGGAGACGGAAACCUCUUCAUUCAGUCCGUAUGUAUUGCUCUACGCUCUCAUACUUCCCUUCACAAUAAAAGCCCCAGACAUGCUUCCUGUAACGAGAACAGCUCUCAGUUCAGUGAGGCGAUACGAACACCACGAGACUUCCGGCUACCUCGUCAUUGGUCACUGUGACAGGCCCCGCCCCUUCCCGGAAGCGCGGUAAACUAUGUUUGUUCGGCGCGAAGAAGAAAAAGAAGAAGAAGCUGAAGAAGAAGGCGACGACGCUACCGUUUACCGGGCUACCGUUUACCGGGCUACCGUUUACCGGGCUACCGUUUACCGGGCUACCGUUUACCGGGCUACCGUUUACCGGCGGGUUUCACCGGACCCCUGAAGCCAGACUCCGGUUAGAACACACGUCUGAUGGAGGUCGACAUCCUGGAGUUCAAAGUCCCCGUAGAGAACCACAAGACCCUGUUUGUGUGGGACAUCCAGCCAGAACUCACAGAGGCCCAGGUCUACGCGGGCCUGCUGGCCGUGUUCUCGGCCUUCGGGCCGCUCUACCUGCUCAAGGUGUGUCCUAACUCCGCCCUCCACCCUCCCGGGUUCUACGCCCUGGUGAAGUUCUACUCGGCGGUCCAGGCCUCGGAGGCCCAGCGGAGGACUGACGGGCGCCCCCUGAUCCAGGACCUGCCCCUCAAGGUAAGGCUGAGCUCCAAACACACUCACUUCCUGCCUGACAACAGCAGACCCCUAAGCCACGCCCACUGCCUGGAGCUGGCCAAUCACUACUUGGGAUUCAACGGCUGGACCUCUGACAUCAUCACACUGAAGGAGCUCCCGGAGGAGGAGGAGGAGGAGGAAGGUGGAGGCAGAUGGAGGAGCCUGAAGUUUGGCUGUGUGCUGCAGCUCUCCUUCCCUCAUCACGGCCUGACCACCAGAGGAGCAGCCAUGGUGGAGGAGGGCUUCACCUGCACAGGUCCAGAUGUUCUGCUCCAGAACCGGAAGAAGCUCCUGAAGAGGGCCAGAGAGAACGCUCUGGUCCAGGCCUUCUCCUCAGUCCUGCUCAUAGUACUAGGUGACGGCAGAGUGAUGGUGGAGCUCCAGCAGACCUCAGAUCAGUUCCUCGCGGAGCCCUCAGGACUCCUCCAGGUGACUGAGGUUUCCUGGAGGGAGGCUGCUGCUGAGGAAGAGGACCUGCCGGUCUCCUAGAGCCCUCUGGGUCAACACAGGUGCAUUGUGGGAGUCCCAGCCGGUCUCCUAGAGCCCUCUGGGUCAACACAGGUGCAUUGUGGGAGUCCCAGCAGCUUCCAGAACAAGAGGAUAAAUACAUGUGAACAAUCAUAUUUAAUAAUAAAUGUGUCGAUGAUGA